CGGACGAUGGAGGGAAGAGCUUGAUUAGACAGCCUGACGAGAAAUCGAUCUCGGAUUCCAGUUUCAUUUUCAUGGAGUAUCGCCGAUAUAACCUAAAAAGAUGUUAGUUGACUGUCAUGGUGUUUACUAUUUUUUAAAGACUGUACAGAGCAUUUUGAGAAACUUUAUUUGUACGACUUUUUGACUGCAAGGACGUGCCAAACGUAUUUCCAAUGACAAAAUAUCGGGGUUUAUGAAGGUACACGCCGUUCCAAGGUUAUCCUCUUUAGGAAGAGAACUAACCUCAAAAUGCGAAGCUUAGAAUGUAGCUGGUUCGAGUGUUGACAUUUCCUUCGAAUAUUGUUUGUAAACAUGGAAAGGAACGACGAGGAAUGGUCGGUUGAAUGUUCCGAUGACGAAAAAUAUGAAGUUGAUCCCAUGAACGGUUGGUCCCUCAAGCCUGAUGACAUCGUAGCGUUAAUCGAAGGCCUGGAAGGAAACGGUCGGAUCUUGGAACUGGAGUGGAAAUGCCCCGGAAGGCGAGGUCCUUCUCCUGUACCUUCGAACAAUCGUCAGCAGGACCAUGGUCUGCAAGAAUACAAACCUGAAGAGAAGUCAGAUUUUGACUUCAUGGAUGAAAUGUCUUCUCCACGGUUACCAGUACGCAGAGUAGGUGAAAGCACGCCAAAAGGUAGUGCUAAGAAGAAAACGGCAAGCUUCAAUGGAGUUUUGUCGACGAUGCUACGUCACCGGAGGCUGGAACAACAAGAGAUCAAUUCGAGUCCAAAAAAGAGCGAAGCUGAGUCGCCUGGCUUGAAACCCCAACCUACAUAACCCCGACAAAAAUUAUACUUGUAUGCAAUGGAGGGAAUUUUGAGGACACUUUUAAAUGGAUUAUUUUAACGGUGUUCGAUGCAUAGGUAGCGACACUGAAUAACUUGCACUAAGUCGUGACUGGCUGUUGCCUUUUGAGAAAUGCAAUGCAAACUUAGUAUUUAAGAAAGAAAUAUCGGAAAAGUGGACUAAUCAAUCUCUUAUCAUCGUAAUUAUUUCUUUUAGAGUACCUUUUAAAUUGUUAUUACGAGAAAGAAAUGCUACCUGAUCAAAAGGUAUUGUCCCUAUCCUCUGUGAGGAUAAGAAUUAGCGUGUAAUUGGUCGAUUGAACUCACAUCCACUGUGCGCGCCUUGAUUCCCAAUCGAGAAUCGCAAAGUAAACCUGCGUUUUACUCGAUCGAUUAAUUAGGUAACUAAUUCUAAAGCUGUAAGCUAUUGUACAAAGAGUUUUACGUGUAAGAUGUAGAUACAUCGUAUUAAUAUACGUUCUGUAUACCAUUA